UGAGCCCUCCUCUCUCUCCCUCCUCUCUGUGCUGCCCAUAUGUCAAAGUCUUUGUGCUUUUCAAGACAGCGAGGCGACAGAAGGGAAAAAAACAGCUGGAUCCAAGGAUCUCUCCAGCUAGCGGCUCGGCUAGCUGUAUCAGCCCCUCAAGCCAGCUCGGUCUCCUCGGCUGCCUGACUUCCACAAGCAACCUCCGGGUCAGGGUAUGUUUUAGGGCGCGGCUACCUUGUGACUGACUAUUCGCUACCGCAGCGACUUCUCAAUCAGGACAGAGCUGGUGGUGAGGCUGAUGAUGUGGUGUGAAGAUGGAGGCUCCUGAAUACCUGGACCUGGAUGAGAUCGACUUCUCUGAUGAUUCAGUGUACUCUGUCACGUCUCUGAAGAGCAUCCCAGAGUUGUCCAGGAGGAGUGAUGGCCAGGCCGAGGAUAGGCCAGCUCCAGCCAUCAACUGGAGUCGUGGCGUUUCCUCCCACAGCGGCGGGGGAAUCAAACCUACAGGGCUCGCUGAGGUCCACAGUAAGUUCCGGCCGGUGAAGAGGGUCUCCCCUCUCAAACACCAACCAGAGACCAUCGACUCUGACUCUGAUGGUAAAGUCCAGGGGCUGGGUGAGCCAGGGGAGGGCAGUAAGGAUGACCCCAGCUCUGACAAGCCGACCUAUGCCUCCACCUCCUCCGACGUCCCGGGAGGGAAGGCGAAGGCCCCGAGCAGCAGUGUUGUUGGAGGGAACAACCCCCAGGCUCUGUUCGGGGAGCUGGAGCACUACGAUCUGGACAUGGACGAGAUCCUGGAUGUACCUUAUAUCAAGUCCAGUCAGCAAAUGUCCACGCUCCCUCGUGUCCCCCACGACAAGCGCUCUGUGACGGGGAGCAACCUUGGCGGAGGCACCCUGGAGAGGAGCCGAGGAGGAGGACUGAAGAGCUCUGCUUUAGCCCACAAUGAGCCUCUGAGCCUGGGCAGCAGCAGCUCACAGACUCAGUAUUGUGUUCUGUCUCCGGUGAAGUGGUCAGACCUGAGGAAGUCCAAGUCGAUGGAUCCAGACCUCCAUCACCUACACCGCUCCCCAGCUGGAGGAGGCUACCAGUCGGAGUUGCUCUCCACCGGACUCCUGAGCUGCUCCUCCUCACUCUCUUCUUUCUCUGAUGCUGACAAGUUGUUGUCUGCGCGGGUCUACCCAGAUUCCCAGAGGCCGGGCGUGGAGCCACCAGCCGGCCCGGCGCUGAUGUUCCCCAUGGCCGGGUGCAGCGGGGGCAGGCAGGACGCCUCCAAGCCCUGGCCUCCUGGACCAGGAGGAGGAGGUGGAGGGAGCGGUGGGCCAAGGGGGUUUGGAGGAGGUGGAGGAGCAGGAGGGGAGGUAGACGAAGAGGCCAAGAAGAACCAGAACAUCAUCAACAUCGUCAGAGAGGGACAGAUCUCUUUGCUGCCUCACCUGGCAGCAGAUAACCUGGAGCUGAUCAGAGAUGAGGAUGCAAAUAACCUGCUGCACAUCUCGGCCUCUCAGGGUCAUGCUGACUGUCUGCAGCAUCUCACCUCUCUGAUGGGAGAAGACGGCCUCAAUGAGCGCAACAACCAGCAGCUCACCCCUGCUGGUCUGGGAGUCAAGAACGGUCACCUGGAGUGUGUGAGGUGGAUGGUGAGUGAGACAGAGGCCAUCGCAGAGCUGAGCUGUACCAGAGAGCAUCCCAGUCUAAUCCACUACGCUGCCCGCUAUGGACAGGAGAAGGUCUUGUUGUGGCUGCUUCAGUUCAUGCAGGAACAGGCAAUCUCUCUGGACGAAGUCGACCAGAACGGAAACACUGCCGUCCACGUAGCAGCUCAGUACGGACACCUCACCUGUAUACAGACUCUGGUGGAGUACGGCUCCAACGUGACGGUCCAGAACCAGCAGGGGGAGCGGCCUUCCCAGAGUGCAGAGCGGCAGGGACACACCACCUGCGCUCGAUACCUGGUCGUCGUGGAAACCUGCAUGUCAUUGGCUUCGCAGGUUGUUAAACUCACCAAACAGCUCAAUGAACAGGCAACAGAGAGGAUGGCUCUACAGAAACAAAUGCAAAGACUGAUGGACCCCAACAAGGCAGAGGGGACACCCUCCAGAUCACCCAGCUCCCAUCAGCCCUCAGUGGAGGCGUGGCCAGAGAUGAUGUUGACAGCAGAGGGGACUCCAGGUGACGGUCAGUGGUUGGUUCGUCAGGGAGGGGUGGGUCCAGACUCAGUGCUGUGGCAGCUGCUGGGGAAGGACACAUCAGACCCACUGUGUUCCAGGGAAAGGCUGCCUCCUGCAGGUAGCCUAAGCAGAGAGGGCCCCGGGGCCCCUGGGGCCCGUAGGAUAGGGCUGGUGGAGAGGAGAGAGCUCAAACUAGCGAGACUCAAACAGAUCAUGCAGCGCUCUCUUAGUGAAUCAGAUUCAGACGGUUAUCCACCAGAGGAAGGUAAAAACCAAGUAGCCCCGCCCUCAAACACAUUGCGACCUGAUAGGCCGUCCCACCUGCCAAUCGCAGAGGAGGAGCCAGUGUCAAACCACCUUAACCUGAUGAUGAGGAAGCACCUCCCCACCUCCUCCUCUUCCACAGCUGAGAAGAAGCUAGCGUUUUCUCUUAGCGGGUCAAAGUCAGCGGACAGCGUUGGUUACAACCCCUCCCCCACCUCCAGCGACCCCGAGGCCGCAGACAGUAAAACAGCAGACGCUUCCGUCGACGUCCACGACGCCGCCAACGGCCAGAAAGUUGCCACUAGUCCUAAGAGCGCCCUAAAGUCACCCUCGUCUCGCAGGAAGACGUCUCAGAACCUCAAACUGAGGGUCACCUUCGACGAGCAGGUCCACAAGAGCUCUAAUCAGGAGGCAGAGCAGAUCAAGGUGCAUCAUGGGAAGGAGAGGACUCCAACAGGAAGUUCUGAAAGCAAGCGGCCGUUUGGGGCGUUCCGCUCCAUCAUGGAGACACUGAGCGGAAACACAAACCACAACAACAACAGUGGUGGUCAGUCAGGCUCUGCUGCUAAAUCGUCCACCUGUCAGAACUCACCUGGCAGGAAGUCAGAGAGUAAAGGCAGCCCGGGAGGAGGGGCCAAGGGCAAGAGCAAAACCAGUAACGUUUAACCAUCUAGUGCCUACUAAAGGGCAGAGAGAGCACAUAACGAACAGACUACAGCGAGAGGUAGCAAACACGAGCAGUGAUUAAAUGAUAACCAGCAGUGUUUCCUCUCACUUCUGUUCUUUUGUUAGUGAUACUGGAGUUUUUAUACUUGUCGUUCUUUGCUUCUGUUUGACUUUAAUGUUUUGGGGGUUUUUCAGUUUAAGGACUGAAAGACAAAAACAGAAAGUGUCUCAGCUCUGUUACUGUAUUUGAUGCCGUUAUUCAGAGACAGCAGUCACUACAAAGAGAAAGAGAAGAACCUGUGUUCAACGAUACUGAAGCAGUUGUUUUUAUUGACAUACUGAAGGAAAUUAGUGUAUUAAUGAGUGUCCUGCAGAAACCUCACAUCUCCAACACCGCUUUUCGUACAUUAUUAGUUUUGUCACAUGAAGUUUGAUUUGUGUCCAAUCACAGAACCUUCUCAUUGUUCACUGGUCUGUUAAAACAACAAAAAUCUUUCAAUAUUGAGAUUAAAGGUUUCUGGUUCUAUGCCACUCUGCUACUGUACUCGGAACUACACUAAAGAUAAACUUAUGAAGUAUUAAUAUUUAUGUUUAUGCACACAGUUAUGAUUUGAAAAUAAAAAAACGUGGUUAUAGUCACGCACGUGGUUAACGUGCACCAGCACAACAAAUAUUUUUAAAACCACUGUAUAUGUAGUAGUAUUUAAAAAAAAAUUCACAUCAUAUUCCACACAUUUUUUUUAUUUGUAUGUUUAUCUAUGCAGUUUUUUGGCAUGAAGUAGAUGUUAGUUGUGUGAUGGGUUUGAGACCGGGGGGGUUUAAGGAUGCACCUUCUACAGCGGCUGACAAACUGGCCGAUCAUAUGAACUUUAAGAGAAAGAAAAAAAGAAAUUGAAAGUUGUUGUUACAGAGAUUUUUUUUUUUUUUUUUUUUUUUACAGUUUUCACGAGACUGUGAACAUUGACAAACUCAAAGCUUGAAACUAGAAGAUUAAGGCUGUAAUCUGAUGCUCUCAUUCAGUGUUUAAUUUCAGUGGCAAUAUGAGAUAUAUAUAUAAACAAUACAAACACAUAGUGCAGAAUGUUUAUUCAUGGCCGUUUGCUAUGCCUCAUGACACGUUUACAGAUGAACUCUUCUACAGUUAAAAUGAAGUUCAUGUAUUAAACGUUCAAUGUGUCAGGACCUUCGAUGGCAUCAUUAAGGAGAGACUUUAUUAGGUUCCACCACUUACUGUUACCACAAAAUUAAAAACAGGGGAAAAACAGAUAAGAGUGAAAGGGCUUUUGAUCUUUAUUUGAUCAUAUAUUUUAUAUAAUUAAUUUUAGGUUUAGAAAUGCUACCGUAUUAAUGUUGAUCAGUUACAAUCAACUGAUCAGUUUAAACGGUUGAUUGAUCCUUGCUCCCCUAUAACUGGAUACCUUUUGAUGGUGAAGACGCACACUAAAGCCUCACUAGCAGCCCCAAGAGGCUGCAGUGUUCAUUACACCUUACUAUUAAUCAGCGUAAAACAGGACAAGAGAUGAGAGAUAAGAAAAGUAAUUUCUUUCCCUGAUUGUGGUGAUGGUAAAAAGGUAAAGGGGUUCAUCAAAUUCACUAGGAAUCAUCCAGCAGGAAUAUCCACAUCAGGUUUCCAUCUGGCCAGAAGUUUUUGGCAUGUUUCUUUGUUCCAAAGUGUUGGAUGGAGCAAGUGCUGUCCUUUAAAAGAAAACUGUUAACAUUUUAGGAAAUGUUCUACCCUAUAGAGUUUGAUUAGAAGAUUCAUUUACAUCAUCUGUUUCAUGUCUGAGAUGUGUUUAAUCUACCUGAGUACAGAGGCUGGUAGCAAAUUAGUCAAAAUGUCAUAGUAUUCCUUUUAGGCUCACCUCUAAACAUCUCCUACUUGCUAUUUUAGUUUUCUUGUCUGUUGGCGGUGUGCAAACACUCCCAGCAGGAACACAGAUUACAGCCUCUUCUCUCUAAUUUGCAGCUUUGGGAGAAACUGGAUCCAUCAUGUAAUUGUUUUGAUGCAUGUUUAUGUUAAUAGAAAUACGGUUUCUGGUUCUGUUGCUGCAGAAUGUUUCUAAUCCGAACUGAUCUUCGUUGCUGAGAUUGUCUUUCACAUUCCUGUAUGUUUAUAGAUCUGUAGUUUGGAUCAGUGAGAUUCUGCUGUGCAGUUUCCUCAUCUGGUUUACAAAAACCUUUUUGCAGUUCAUCACCUUUAGGUUUACACACUUUUGCCAUUGUUCUUGAGUCCACAGGUGUUGAUGGUGGAUAUUUAUGAGGCAGUGGAGUCUGGGAGGAUUUACCUGCAAUCCAGUCUGCUGAUUCUGACUUGUUAAAGGAACAACCCAACAUUUUAGUGUUUUCCCCUGAGUCAGAUGAGACUCAACAUAUUUAAAGAAUACAUUUUCUAAUAUAUGAAUAGAUAUAUACUUGGUUUCAAAUUAAGCUAAUCUUUUAAGGAAAUUUCGCUGGAAAUCAACAACUUAUUCUAAAUUAUAUAUAUAUUCUCCUUGUAAUUAGUUCUUUCCAAGAGACAUGCUUGGAAAUGAUUAAGGAAAUACAGACUGGUAUAAUUAAGUGUAACCAAAGGAGGUUGUCAAAGUUGGCUGGAGUUGCUAGGAAAGUUCCAGUCUCCAUUGCCUCAAAAUAUUGUUUGCUGCCAAAAUAGUGUUCUGUCUGUGGGUUGACUAUGUUGAUGUUUUCAUCAUAAGCUCCCUUCAGGGAGAGGGAAAGGAGGAGCCUAUUGUUCUACAGAUGAGACAAACUGAACUCUUACCUGUUUGACCUGUUUGUUGUGUUUUUAACAAACUCUUCAGAUGGACAGUGUUGCUGCAUCAACUCGGACGUUUACUCUCAAUGCAAAAAAAUAUGAGACGCACUAUCAGUGAAUGUUGGUGGAGACUGUCUGAUCAUUAUUUUUUUGUUUUUUUACUGACCAGCGACUACAGAGACAGACAGCUGCUCUUCUGUCCUUCUGUUAUUGAAGCUGUUGUGAAGACAAAAUUAAAUAAACUGUUACUUUGAGUGAAUAAAUGUUAUUCUGUU